AUGAAGACAGCUCAAGCUGUAUCUUCGGAAUUUGGAUCUUCUCAAAACCUUGAAAUGCACACCGAGAGUAGUAGUGUAGUUGUAAUUUUAUCAGGUGCUAACCGAGUGAGCAAGGAGGACAUGUGCCGGGAGCGGAGCACGUCGUCGGAGGGAGCGGCGCGGGGCACGUCCUCCGUCCUCCCGACGGCCGCCUCGCCCGCAGUCCACGCGAGGUGCCGCCGUCGGCUCUACGUCUGUCGAGUGUCUCUCUACACACCCGCGCCGUUCGAAACGCGCUACAUACACUUUCGAUACCGACCGCCUUUGUUUACUCCCCACGCGCUGCCGUUAACAGCUGUUCUCAGUGUUCCAUCGCGACUUAAUGAGAUUGUUCUGUGCCAAAUUGCGGAAUUAGUG